ACAGCCUACUACGUGAUAUCCAAAGCCGACUCACAGUACAGAAAGACACCCAACAGCAGCAGUUCCCACUUCCCAUCUCUCUCUCUCUCUCUCUCUCUCUCUCUCUCUCUCUAGAGUUGCUGCUGAAGUUCACAUCAAUCAUUUACUCAUAUAUUUAUUGCACCCACAUUCGGUUCCUUCCCUUUCCCUAAAAGAAGGUAAGAGAUUUGUCCUAUUGGAUAAUCCAGUUUUUGGCGUUUCUUUCUCUCUCACUUGUCCUUGUUCUUGUUCUUGUUUUCUUGGGACUUGUGGUUCUCUGCUGCUCAAUCAGUGGUUUUAUUUCAGCUGCGCAAUAUUUAGGUAGUUGGUUCUGAGAAUUCACUAAAAACUGAAAAGCAAAAAUCAGAUAAUGUUUUUUUUCUUAUGUUUCAAUUUUGGAGACGUCUAGUUGGGCGCAAAUGGUCAAGGGAUUUGAAAUUUUCAACAAUUGUUAAGACCUCUGAGUACAUAAGGAACGGUCACUGUGGGCCGUCCAAGAUCGUGGCUUUAGAUAUAAUGGGGAAAUUUUUGUGACCAGAAUGGAUCCUCAGGCUUUUAUUAGGUUGUCAAUAGGCUCACUUGGACUAAGGAUUCCUGGAACACCUUUAAAGUCUGAAAAAUCUGGUAUUCAUGCAUUCUCUUCCCCAUAUUCAUGUGAAAUUCGCCUUCGAGGAUUCCCUAUGCAGACAGCAUCAAUUCCCUUAGUAUCUUCUCCUGAAGCUGCUACACCUGAUUCUCAUAGCACUGCCUCCAGUUUUUAUCUUGAAGAAUCUGAUAUUAAAGCACUGCUGGAACCCGGCUGUUUCUACAAUCCUCAUUCAUGUCUGGAGAUCGCUAUUUUCACUGGGAAGAAGGGAUCCCACUGUGGUGUAGGGACCAAAAGGCAGCAAAUUGGGACAUAUAAGCUUGAGGUUGGUCCUGAAUGGGGGGAAAGAAAGUCAGUGGUUCUUUUCAGUGGGUGGAUAGCAAUCGGCAAAAACAAGCAGGAGAAUGGAAAAUUGAGUGCGGAGCUUCAUUUGAGAGUAAGGCUAGAUCCUGAUCCGAGAUAUGUUUUCCAGUUUGAUGAUGCAACAAAACUUAGUCCUCAGAUAGUUCAGCUUCAAGGCUCCAUUAAACAGCCUAUUUUCAGCUGCAAGUUCAUCCGAGACAGGGUUCCCCAGGUGGAUCCACUGAGCACAUACUGGUCAGGUGCUGCUAACAAUCCUGAUCUGGAUACAGAGAGAAGAGAGAGAAAGGGAUGGAAGGUGACAAUACAUGAUCUCUCUGGCUCGGCUAUUGCAGCAGCCUUUAUAACAACCCCAUUUGUUCCAGCAACAGGUUGUGAUUGGGUUGCAAGGUCCAACCCAGGAGCUUGGUUGAUUGUUAGUCCUGAUGCUUACAGGCCUGAUAGCUGGCAGCCAUGGGGAAAGCUUGAGGCAUGGCGUGAGCGUGGCAUCAGAGACUCCGUUUUCUGUCGAUUUCGCCUUCUGUCAGAAUGCCAGGAGGCUGUGGAUCUCUUCAUGUCUGAAAUCCGCAUCAAUGCUGAAAAGGGUGGAGAUUUUUCCAUAGACACAGACAAACAGAUGCAGGCAGCAGCGGCAACAGCAGCCGCCAGUCCGAUACCAAGCCCCCAAACCAGUGGAGACUUUGCAGGUUUGUAUCCAGAUGUUGGUGGUUUCGUCAUGAGCUGUAGAGUGCAAGGGGAAGGAAAAGCCAGCAAGCCAUUGGUACAACUAGCAAUGAGGCAUGUGACUUGUGUGGAGGAUGCCGCCAUCUUCAUGGCUCUUGCAGCUGCAGUUGAUCUCAGCAUUGAGGCAUGUAGGCCCUUCCGGAAGUUCAGGAAACCCUCCUGCCCUUCUAUAUGAUUCCGUGCACAUAAAACAGCUAUAGUUUUUAUUGAUUGAUGUAGCAUCUGGCAUUAUGUACAGGAAAACUCUUAUUUAGAACUCUCAAAGAUUGUUUAAGUACUCAUUCAUGGUACCAGUAAGCCAACACGGCGUCGUUAUACA